UGUAUUUUAGGGGGACCUGCGGUGGGUCUGACCUUCUGCUCCUUCUAUCUGGCCUCUUACUUCACUAACAAGUAUGUUCUGUCUAUUCUGAAAUUCACCUAUCCUACCCUUUUUCAAGGGUGGCAGACAUUAGUGGGCGGAGUCUUUCUUCAUAUAUGUUGGAAGAUAGGCUGGGUAGAGAUUAACUGUUCUUCCAGAUCUGACGUUAUAUCAUGGCUUCCUGCCUCAGCUUUCUUUGUGGGCAUUAUUUAUGCUGGUUCCAGGGCCUUGUCAAGACUGCCCAUUCCUGUGUUUCUGACUUUGCACAAUGCAGCCGAAGCUGUGACGUAUGGAGUCCAGAGAGUGUUCUUCAGAGAGCAAAGCUCUUACACAAAAAGCUGCAGUGUAAUUCUUUUACUGAUCUCAGCGGGGUGUCUUCCAUUACAUGACUCUCAGUUUGAUCAAGACGGUUAUUUUUGGGCCAUGAUUCAUCUAGUUUGUUCAGGAUGUUACAGAAUAUUCCAGAAAUCUCAGAAGUCAAGUUUGCUAAGUGACCUUGAUCAACAGUAUAUAAACUAUUUUUUCAGUGUUGUCCUGUUGGCCUCUGCCUCGCAUCCUACUGGUGACCUUCUCAGUGCCUUGGAAUUCCCCUUCCUUUAUUUCUAUCGAUUCCAUAGUGGAUGUUGUGCCAGUGGGAUUUUAGGCUUUGUGCUGAUGCUGCUGUCUGUAAAAUUAAGGAGCAGUCUGUCUCCUGCACAUCACCUUUCCUGGACUUUCCUGGCUAAG